UGGGGCUUUGAGAACGGAUGAGCACCAGACCGGGUAGGCUCCGCGCACCAACAGCGUUAUCUCCGUUCCCGGGCCAUGCAGACGGUGCAAUAGAGGAGAUGCGGUAGUGGAGGCUGCUGAUGCUGCUGUCCGAUCAGCUGUUUUUUGUGUCUUGAGCAUCAUCGCCGCGACGGCCAGAGAGAUCGAGAUCAAGCUCCGGAGCCAGGGACACCGCAGACCGGAUAACAGAGGAUGGAGUUUAAGCAUCUGGUGGAGGCGGCGGAGAAGUGGUGCUCCGGUAACCCGUUCGACCUCAUCUUCGCCGAAGAGGACGACGAGAGGCGGCUGGACUUUUACGCGGAGCCCGGCGUCUCCUUCUACGUGCUGUGUCCCGGCGGCACCGACAAUUUCCAUGUGUGGAGCGAGAGCGAGGACUGCCUUCCCUUCCUACAGCUGGCCCAGGACUACAUCUCCUCCUGCGGGAAGAAGACUCUGCUGGAGGUGCUGGAGAAGGUCUUCACGUCCUUCAGGCCUCUGCUGGGUCUUCCAGACUUAGAUGACGACAGUUUCGAGCACUACCACACCGACAUGGAGGGCGAACCGGGGCCCGACCACCAGCAGAUGGGGGUCAGCCAGCAGUGAUGAGCCCUGAGGCGAGGCCUGCUGACCCAAAGCUCUGGGCCUCAGCUCGUCUGCCCAAACACUUAACUACACACUCUAAUCCAAACACACACACACACAUACACACACACACACACACACAUAGCUACUUACAGUCAACUUGCUAAAAAUGCACCACCAUGUUCUUGAAUGUCUCAGUGGCUUUGCUUCCCAAAGAGUGCACUGUGUUGCACUGUGUUGACCCCCUCCACACCCGCUGCCCUCCCCACCCCAACCCCUUGGCCUCCAACCAAACACACACACACACACACACACACACACACAUUGGGGCUACGUGAGCAGUGGCCACAUACAAUGCAACUAUCAUAAUCAUUCACCAUCGGGUUAGUUAAAGUUCCACAGCACAGCAAUAUUACAUCGGCCUCAGCUGGCUUCGUUAUGCAGAAAAACAGUCGGAUGUUACGGCAAUACACACGUUACCCCCUUUGGUUUGGAGAUGAAUGUGACAGAUAACCCGCUUUUUCAGCUGUUUGCUGACUCAGCAGAUAAACGAGAGCUAGACAGAUAAAUGGGUGAAAACCAAGGGUUUGCGGCCUUUGGGGCCUUUGGGGCGACUGGAGUGACGCAGAUAAAGAGAGGGGAGGACGGAGCGAUGGCCGUGAUGUAGGUUCAGGUGGGGCAGCUCUCGAGCCAUCCUCUUUUUAAACACACACUUAAAGUCGCUGUGUAGGGUUUCAAUCAAAAGAACUUCAGCCCCCCCCCCCGCGCGUGGAAAUCAAAGUGCGCCGCUUCAGCAGCGUGGAUCAUGUCUCGGGGUGUGCACACCUCGGAGAGCUUAGGGUCACUUUAUGAGGACGUUUUUAAAAUCAGUUAUUAUCACAUGACCAUCACAACAAAGGCCCCUGCUGCAGCUUCAGCCCUUCCCGGUUUGGGUGCCUCAUCGUCACAUGACACCCUAGCUCUGUCUUGUAGUCUUCCUUCCUGGUUGUCCGUGGUUCACAGUUUACCCCCCAAUCUGAUAAUUCCUAAAGCUCGCCAAAAACCUCUCUCCGCCUGUGUCGUUUUAAAAUUCCUCUGCUCAUCCUCUGAGGUUUCUCUGAACCAUGCGUUUAGUGAGCGCACACCCAAAACCCCUGAGUGAUAUAGCAGGGAGGAGAAAGCAUUUCUCCACCCUUCCUGCCCUCUCCACCCUCAGAGCGUGUUGUCGUGUGUCACAGCCAGUGCACUGCAAUGCUUCAGGCCCCCGCCGCCUUCAACCACUCGAUCCACAUGCAAGACUGUUCCAGAGGGUCAUCUUCAGCCCGUUUACUUUGGCUUGUAAAUGUUUGUCUUUUUAUUGCCUCUCUGAGUGUUUAUCAUGCAGUGUAUCUUCUGUUUGUCCUCAGAUGUGUGUGAAAUUGUUCAA